AUGCUGACGAUCAAAAUAGAAUCAUUCAGCAUGAGGGUUACUCUCAAGGUCGGGGCUGAUCAAGCAAGUAGGACUGUGGUUGAUCCUGGAGAUACCUCUGUGGAGGGCGACCAGCACGAAGACAAAGGCGAUCACCAAGACGUGGUCUCACUAAGUUCGGCUGAGUUGCCUAGUUCUCACGCUUUUAGUAUAGACAGAAUCUCUCUAGGCCCACCUUUCGCAACACUCAGGUCACUGGGUGCUCUAGCAAGAGACGAAUCGGCCUUGGACACCAAGCAACAAGCUCGGAGAACGAGUCAAUUAUCUCAUCACAGCGUUUAUGACCCAGUCUCACGGGGUGUCUUAUCAUUAAAUGAUGCCGGAAAAGCAAUCCAAACAUACUUCACGCAUUGUCAUCCAUUAGCCCCUGUUCUAACCAUAUGUUCCGUUGGAUUGCGGUUCUGGGAUAUGGAUCAGACACAGGGUAGCCUAGGGCAUAACGCAUACCCUCGCUUCUCAGAACUCACAGCAAUGCUAGACCAAGCUGUUUCUAAGCUUCUUCUUCGGCCAACCCCGUUAGAUGUCUCUUUGGACUCUGUUCUUGUGCUUCUAUUGUACGCUCAAUGGAUGCCCUGCAAUUGGGGUAGCGAAAGCGACCAGCCUUCGAACCGCACAGGGACAACUGGGUCACCGAAAAGUCGCUACAAUGAAGUAAGCGCAUGGGCUGUAUUGGGUCUUGCUCUUCGCUACGCUCUACUGCUAGGACUAGAUCGCGUGGCUAUUGCUCCUUUCCAUGGUCCCGUCGAUGCGAUCACAGAAAACGAUGUCUGUCGCCUAAGGGUCUGGUAUAAUUUACUCAAUUGUGACUUUAAUCUUAUGCUUAUAUCUGGACUUCCGGCAUCUGUGGACCCAGCACCAUCAGCCCAAGUGGCAGGACGUUUUGCUUCCAGCAUAUAUAGCAAGCAGCCUGGGGACCUCCGUGUCUCUGGUCUUGUAGAGCUCGUGUCUAUAGUACAUCGCGCUAUGCAAAGCUGUGGAGACAUAUCUGGGCAUCACUUGAGCCCAUCAUGUCUUCGAAAACUUAACAUUGAAUUAGAAAAAUGGGAACGAACCUGGUAUAUGAGGCUACGAAAUACCGAAUCGCAGCACAACCAACUGCCGUUCAAUUCAGUUAGAUCAUACCGUCUUGCUCUCAAUAGCGCGUCACUAGGCCCAUUGCUAUCCCCAACAGCGCAAAAGUCACAUCCAUCGUCACGAAUAUCACAACUGCAAUCCCUUGAAAUUAGUCUCACCGCAGCAUCGCAAAUGCUUAUUUCGCUUUGUAGCGACGGUGAGACCCACGUCUGGGGACUUGAAUCACAGAACCUGCCUACUUUUCCCAGUCGUCCAUUUCAUAUCGAUACUGCCGCAGUCCGGCGUCUACACUUUGCUGUCGAUCCUGCCUGGAUAUCAUAUACCUUUGCCGUGACAUUUUUGGUGCUUUGUUACAUACGAGGGGUUAUAGAUGAUAUAUUUGAUAGCGUGUGCUCGACAAUGAGUUACCAUCCAGCCUACGAAUUCAGAGCUAUCGUGCACGGAGCUACUGCUCUCGUAUUGGCUCCCGGUAAUUCUGACAAUGAUGGGAGACAGGAGAUUGACGAACUGGCGCUCCAGUCUCUUUUGGAUUUGAUGAAUGAUGCCGGCUUGGAAUGGCCAGGGAAUAUGGCAGAUUUUACAAACGACUUGAAUACUGGCUGGGAUGUGAAUGGGUUGUUUACCAUGUAA